UAUUUCCAUCGUCUCAUCGGAUCAAAGCAUACACAAAACCAUGGUAGAAACGAAAGUCACAGAGAUGGUGAUUAAGGUGGUUGACCUUGGCUGCGAAAAAUGCCACAAGAAAAUCAAGAGAGUACUGUGUGCUAUCCCUCAAAUCCAGAACCAGACAUAUGACAAGAAGGAAAACACAGUGACAAUCACUGUGGUGGGUUGCUGUCCUGAAAAGAUCAAGAAAAAAAUAUACUGCAAAGGAGGUCCAACUGUCAAGUGCAUUGAGAUCAUCAAGCCGCCUGAUCCGAAGCCUGAACCAAAACAACAAACAGUAGCUGUUGUCGAUAUCACUUUUGUAUGCAAUCACUUUUGUAUGCCAACACCUCCUGCAUAUUGUUAUGUACCUUGUAGAUGGUCAGAGUGUGAUAUAUGGGGAGAUGGUUGUUGUAGUUGCCGAAGUGUGUGCAGAAGUGCAUAUGUUUGUGAAGACUAAUAUCCCUCGGCGCCAUGCACAAUCAUGUAAAGGGAAAUCAAGUUUCAGAAGACCGAUGGUUUGAGUCAACGUCCAACAUCAACCAUUGGAUUCAAAUCCAGUGGUCAUGAUGGGCCUUAGUGUUGUUGUGUUUAUAAUAUCAUCCCUUUUGUGAUGCUGCUGUUGUUUUGACCUCUUUCAUCUAGCUAGAUGAUGCACGACUUUGUGCCCAGCUAGUAGUUUCAAGUCAAUGGUCACAGUUUUUCCAUUGUU